UGUAAAUUUAAUUUUUUUAAAAAAUAUUUUUUGCUUUGUAAACAAAAUUUUUUAUCUGAGAGUGGGAAUUGGGAUUAUUCAUAAAUCUCUUUGAUAGGGGUAAAAUGCACAUAGAUGGACCUAACCUUCAUAUCACGGUUGAGAAGGAAUCCAAAUACAGCGCAGCUAACGUUGACAAAAUCAUCCAUUUUUAUGACCUGAAUUAUAUACCAAAGCCCAGUAUCAGGCAUAUAAGAAUUUUCAUCUCAAGCCAUCAUGAAGAAUUCGAAUAUGAACGCCAUUUGUUAACCUCUAUUUUAUUACCGGAUCUCCAAAAUUUUUGUUCUCAAUAUGGUUACGAUGUUGAAUUCUUGAACUUUAACGCAGCUUCUCACAUUGACCCAUAUUAUGAUUCCCAGUUGUACGAAUAUUCAUACCAAUGUUUAGAAGAUUGUUUUGUUGAAAGCAAGGGAGUGUUUUUUGUGGGUUUAAUUGGAGAAAAAGAUGGUACCAUACCGGUUCCAGCCAAUAUAUCAACAUCUGAUAUGGAGGUUUUAACGGAAUACAUAAAAGACGAUACCAAAAAAAUGGCACUCAUUCAAGAAUGGUAUUCAAGAAACAACAUCAACACCCCAUUUUAUUCUCUCGAAAAUUUAUCAAAAGCAUUCCCAUUUUAUUACAAAUCGAACCCUGAAAAGAGUAAAUCAGAACAAAGCAAGUGGGUCAAAACGCAUAAUGAUCUGGUGCAUUUAUUAAGACAAAUAUCUUUGAAAGCCUUCGAUGAUGGAAAAAUCGAUGCUGAGAUGUGUGUCAAAACAACCCUAACGCUUCAUUUGGAGAAAGCAUUGACACUGUCUAGUACCAAUAUAGAUAACCAUUGCGUUUUUAUAGUUCGAGAAAACUUUAAAUGCCAAGACGAAAAGCUGAAAAAACAAAUCAAAGAAAACCCGCAUGUCUAUCAUAUUCCGCGAUCUGGAAAAAUGUCUAAUAUGCUUUCACGUGAUAAAUCAUUGAUAGAGAACGUGCUAUUGCAUGAAGUCUCACCUAAUAUCAGAGCUCUAAUACAGAAUUCCAUUCUAAAUUGCUCCUCAAAAACGAUCAAAAUAGCAAACCCUUUAUUAAAAGAGUUGUACAAAGAAAUUUUGAUACAUUUGAACCAUUGGAAAGGCAUUAAUGCUAACAUUCCCAACCUAGUAUCUCAGUUAGAUAUUUUGAACGAAAUAAAAAAUGUAUGGUGUCCUGGCCAUGAUUUAAAGAAAAAAGAUAUAUCUCCUGUGAGCGUUAGUCAAAGACCGAUCAUAUUGUUAGGGGGCGAAGGGUGUGGCAAGAGUAGCUUUGUUACACAAUUACUUACAAAUAUUCAUCAAUGGUUUCCUAGGGAUAAAAACAAGAGUAGUUCCAUAAUCCUAAGAUACGUAGGAUUGACACCUAAAACUCUUAAUGUUUCCCAGUUACUACGUAAUUUGUGUCUCCAAAUAUACUUUGUAUUGAACCAAGAGAAACCAGAGAAGAUUAAAUUGGCCUCAUUAGAUACUUACAAUUUGAUUAAUUUAAUAGCUGAGUUUAAUAACUUACUUAAAAUGUUUGCUGACCCGCUGUAUCUCCAGAGACGUCACCUAUUUUUAAUAAUUGAAGAUUUUCAUCACGUUUACAAGCCAAGUUGGACUACAUCUGGUUUAAAUAUUCUUUUUGGAAAAGAUAGUAUUGGUCAUAUAUUUCUUCCAGACCCUCUUCCACCCAAUGUUCACAUAGUGUUUACCCUUAACACUAACAAGUUUAUUAUAGAAUCAACGUCCUUAAUAUCAUCUUCAAAAUCUACUACUCAAACUCCCAAUACCAAUCAGGUGGCUCUAGGAUUGAUAAUUGAUGAUCUGAAAGCUCAGUUUGGGUCCAACUCCUACAUAAUUUCGCUUGAUCAAGCUAACUUUAAUAUUGGAAAAGCAAUCGACUCUAAUACCUCCAUCAGAAACCCCAUAGCCUUACAGGAAAUAUUUUUGAGCUGCUAUAAACAGGCUAAAGUGACUCAAGAACCUAGAUGGAUGCAGCACUCGCUGAAACAACAACAUCAAAUGACAAUGACGCUGCCUAAUCAUCAAAAAAAUCUAGUUAAUCAAGCCUUGCUCAAUGGUAAAUUACCUUUGUACGCUUUUUUAGUGGCCGUGUUGAUAAAGGAUUGGCCUUCUGAGUUUAAACCAAUACCCAACAGCAUUCCAAACAACAUAGUAUUAGUAUUGAAAUGCAUUAUGGAGGACAUAGAAAUCAAUAGUGAUCGACUUACACUUUCCCAUGUGUUGAAAUAUAUUUCAUCCGCUCAUCUAGGUAUAACAGAAGUCGAAUUACUAGAUCUCUUGUCAUCCAACAAACCUUUAAUGGAGAUCUUUUACGGGAAUGCGCUGAAUAUAAAUAAUAGAUUCCCUUAUUUUAUUUGGGCUAAUAUCAAAAGACGUUUAGCGCUAUUAUUUAGCAAAAAGGUCAUAGACGGAAAAAUUUUAUUUUUUUGGAACCAUAAAAUCAUAUGUGAUAUCACCAAAAUUUAUUCUUUUCAGCGGCCAGUAGAAAAGACACAAGUCCAUUGUGAUAUGGCUAAUCUAUUUUUAGAGACCAUUUAUUUGUCUAAAGAGACUAGCACAUCUACUAUUUUACCUUCCACAACCAUUCCUUUGAAUUUUCGGGAAAUUACCUCCCAGCCAUUGCUUUAUAAUGAGUAUCAAUACAAUAUGAGGCGCAUUUACGAAUUAUGGUUCCAUUUAUUGUAUACAGGUGAUAUAAAAUUACUAAAAUUUCACGCCUUAUGCAAUUUCGAUUAUCUUAUGUCCGUAGUUCACGGGGCUACGUUGGGAUAUUUGUUUCACGUAUUAGACAAGACUUUACAAAGAUUCCUGGAUUAUGAAAUCCAAACUCUCUGUUCUACUUUAGUAAAAUCUGUCGAUAUUUUGAGCAAAGAUCAUUUGCAGAUAGCUUGCGAAAUCAUAGGAUGCCUAAGAAACGUUGAUGAUAAUAUAUCCCCAUACCUCGAUAAUUUGGUCAUUCAAGCGAUGGAAUGGUGUGAUUCCUACACUCUACCAUUAUUAGUUCCCUUAUCCUCUUGGUUAGCUAUAUCCACCCCAGACCUAUAUGACGCCUUUACUUGUUCUGAUACGACAGGUGGGUUGUCUAUAUUAGCGCCAAGCAGCCAACAUAUAUUAAUGACAACUAAGUUUAACCAAGUCCAUAUGUAUCAUCUUGGAUCUCAUGAGUUUAUCAGACCCUUCAAAGGUCUCAAUGGUACAAUUACUGCAUUGGUAAUAGCUUAUAAUAGUAGCUUCGUAGCAUGCGCGACUAGUGGUGACUUGAAUAUAAAUUUUUGGAAAAUUGAAAAAAAUGAAAUAAACGGAAUCAUUAAGCCACACGAUAAAGAAAUAACCUGUCUGAUAUUGUCAUUAGACGAUAAACUUAUAUUUUCAGGAUCUAAUGAUUGUAAAAUAUGCUGGAGUGCCGUGUCAAAUUACGAAAUUAUAAGAACUAUUAAUGCUCAUAGAGGACCCAUUAGUGGCUUAGUUAUCAACAGCUUUGGAGAGGUCUUGGCUUCGAGUUCGGAGGAUAAAACCGUAAAAGUAUGGUUGAUCGAAACUGGCAAUCUCCUCAACAUUAUCGAAGAUAUAACUUACCCGGUCAAAAAGAUUAUUUUAUCUCACGAUGAUAUAUAUUUAGGGAUACUUUGCCAAGAAUUUCACGUUCAGUUAAGAGCCUUAACUACUGGAACUUUCCUUUACCGUUUAGACCAUAAAAUUCCGAUAACGGACAUGUGUUUCACCAUUGAUACUCGUUUCUUAAUCCUCGGGUGCAAGGAUACCAAGAUAUAUUUGUACAACGUUCACUCUCAGACUCUUAAUUAUGUCUUAACUGGUCAUACGGCAUCUAUUAGGAAUACACUAGUCACAAUGAAUAACGAUUUUAUAGUAUCUACUUCACAAGAUGGUGUGUUUGUUUGGAAUAUUAAAAAACCCACGAAACACGACAACAUUUUGACUCAUAAAGGAAUUAUAAGCUGUAUCAAAAUUUCCAAGGAUGGCUCUAUGGCCAUAACAGGUUCUGAGGAUGGUGGUGUCAAAGUAUGGAAUCUAGAGUUUAGCGAAUUACAAGAAAAGUUACCCGACCACGCGAAAUCUGUUACCUGCGUUAACUUUAGCCCUAAUAGUACUUAUAUAGUAUCCGGUUCAAGAGAUACUACUAUUAAUAUCAAACAAUUGAACGAAGCCAGUUCAUUUAUAAGAUUUACGGGUCAUACUAGCCCCAUUACCAAUGCGGUCUUCAGUCUAGAUGAGAAAUCUAUAAUAUCAUCGGAAUUUAAUGAUAUAGUUAAGGUUUGGCGAGUAGAGACCGGAUUUACAUUACUCAAUUGCAGCGUUCCCUCUCGAUUUAUGAUGGUAACUCCAAACAGCUUAUUUGCUAUAUCUGGAAACAGAACUAAUAGUAUGAAGAUAUGGAAUGUUGAAGAUGGAUCGUUAGUUAAUAGCAUAACUCAUGGUGCUGAAAUUACAUGUCUCUCUAUAACACCAAAUUCUCAGAUCUGUGUCACGGGUUCUAAAGAUGAAUCCUUAAAAGUUUGGGAAGUUAGUACUGGGAAAUUGACCCAGGUAUUGGUUGGACACGAGGAUGCCGUCACUUGUGUAACUACUAGUCAUAACAAUCAAAAAGUUAUCACAGGUGGAAAAGAUAAUACCGUUAUUAUGUGGAAUAUCGACACUGGUAGCACCUUGCAAACUUACGACGAUCAUACGCUCGAUGUUACUUGUGUGGCUAUAACUCAAGAUAGUUCGAUUAUCAUAUCAAGUGCAUUAGAUGGAACUCUCAGGGUAUGGAACAGUUCAAGGGGUUCUUUGAUUACAUUAUUUGAUUGCCACUAUCCAGUGCUCAAUUUCUGUAUGUCUCCAGAUGCGAGUCAUUUAAUAGUGAGAUUAAAUGAUCCUCACGUUUUACUAAUGUGCUUGCACAAUAGUCCAGCUACGGAAUACAAAUCACAUACCCAGUUGUCCACUUUAGAUGAAGACACCUUUAACAACAAAAUCUUACCGAUCAAGAUGAAACUCAACCGAAAUUCAUUGUAUUUGGGCAAGAAUUUGAUACCUAAAAUUAGUACUACAAACAUUGACCAAUCUAUCGGAACUGUCUCAAACUUAAACAAUUUAUCAUCCCUCUAUGGCUCAGCUAGCAUUAAUAGUAAUCAAUCUAUAGUGAAAAGCCUAUCCAAGGGACCUAUGUCACUAACUGGCAAAGGUCCCCAAAAACUUUUAAGGAAACAAGAUUCAAUGUCUAAAAUAUUUUUUCAGACACACCACCCAUUUCCAUGUAGUCCUAAAAUGAGCGACUUAAUUCCAGAUAUGAAUAUGGAAGCUAAGGAUAAAUUGACCGAUGUAGGUGUUAUAAUGAGUAGUGGAAUUCCUAACGAUAUUAUAAUGUUCAAGAAAAAUAUAUUGUUAAAAAAUAAAAGUACUGAAAAUAAUCAAGGACAAGCAAUAUUUUUGAAAACCAUGACUUGCACAAUUCAGUGAUACUAAUUUAACUCAAGACAGAAAUGUUAAGAAUCUCUAUUAAUUUUAUAUAAUAUGUAUAUACGUUGAUCUAUUCUAAACAUAUGGAAUAUGAAAAAUUGUAUAUGAAUAAAAGAUAAUUAUUCUUGUCAAACAUUAUAUUACUUGUAAUUUUAUUUGAAUUACUUAAUUAAUAAUAAUA